AAUAACUGAUGAAACCAGGUACCUUAUAGUGAUCGAUGAUAUAUGGACAAUAGCAGCAUGGGACGCAAUUAGGUCAAGGUUGCCAGGCAGCAAAUGUGGCAGAAUCAUUGUGACCACUCGGAUAAAGACUGUGGCCAAUGAAUGCAGUGAUGUUAGUGCUACCGAAGAUUACAUCCAUCAUAUGGAGCCACUUAAGAGCGAAGACUCCAAAGAGUUGUUUAUUAGUAGAGCAUUUGGCUCCUCCGUGGAAAAGGCUUCUCACACUGAGGAGCUAGAAGAUAUAAUGGGAAGAAUUCUAAAGAAGUGUGCUGGGCUACCAUUAGCCAUUGUUAGCAUUGCCAGCCUCUUGGCGAACUACAAAUAUCCAGAGAGCAAAGAUAUGUGGGAAACAGUUUGGAAAUCAAUCGGUUCACAAAUGGAGAGCAACCCUACCCUUGAGGGGAUGACGCAGAUACUCACACUCAGCUACAACCACCUACCUUAUUACCUCAAGGGUUGCAUGAUGUAUCUUGGUAUUUUUCCGGAGGAUUAUGAGAUCCCAAGGAAUCGGCUCUUAUACAGAUGGAUUGCAGAAGGAUUGGUUGAGGAGAAGCGGGGGUUGACUUUGAUGGAGGUUGCAGAAGGCUAUUUCGAGGAGCUAUUGAGUAGGAGCAUGAUUGAUCCAGCCUCCUCUGUCAGCUAUCAUGGGAAGAGGAUGGCAUGUAGGGUGCACGACAUGAUGCUUGAGAUCAUGGUCUCCAAAUCCAUCGAAGCUAACUUUGUUAGCAUGUUGGGUGGGCAGUAUGAAGGGAUGUCAUAUGAUAGGGUUCGUCGCCUCUCCAUCCAUGGAGGAGCCAGCAGUGACUCUCCAUCCAUGAAAGGAGGGGCAUCCGGCAGGCAUGGGAAGAGAAAUAGCAUAGAGAGGUUAGAGGUGCAGCAUGUUCGUUCAUUAAGCAUGUUUGAUCUCCAAGAGAAGAAGCUCUUUGAUCGGCUAGGCGAGUUCACACUACUGAGAGUACUUGAUCUGGAAGACUGCCAGGGCUUGGAAAACAAGCAUGUGAAGGAUAUCUGCAAGAUGUACCUCCUAAGGUUCUUGAGCAUGAAGCGUACAAAUAUCAGUGUGCUGCCUGAGAAAGUGGGUGAGCUAGAGCAUUUGCAAGUUCUUGAUGUGGAGUGUACAGGCCUUGAGAAGCUACCAGAAACCAUCACAAGGCUAGAGAAACUUGAGCGUCUGAGAUUCCGCAAGAAGGAUAACUGGAGAAUUAUGUGGAAACCUCCCGCAGGGCUUUGUAAGAUGAAAGUACUGCGAGAUGCUGGUUGUGUACAUAUAACGGAUGUGCAAGUUGCCAAAGAGCUCGGUGAACUAGUAGACUUGCGAGAGGUAACUAUCUUUGUUGAUGAACCCAGGGAAAGUACAAAGCCUAUUCUCGAUGAGCUUGUCAAAUCCAUCUGCAAGCUGUACUCCCUCCGGUAUCUCGGCAUUGGUAGCUUUGAGAUAAGGAAGCUCAAUUUUCUUAGUGGCAUGGGCUCACCGUCAGUGCUCAUCCAAAGUCUUUACCUGGAUGGUCAGAUUGAUAAGAUUCCCGACUGGGUCUCGUCACUUCACAAUCUCGUUGAGAUGGAACUUAUAUGCUCACUGCUUAGGGAUGACCAACAAUUAUAUGGCGUCCUGUGUAAGCUGCCCAACCUGCAGGUACUCAAAAUCUUUCCCGGAGCCUACGUUGGAAGAAAACUCGUUGCACGUAGUGCGCACAAGUUUCCGGUGCUGAGGAAUCUCUCAUUUGAUUGCUGCAUCGAUGUGAUCGAAUUUGAGGAUGGGGCCAUGGAUACGCUCGAGGGCCUUAAUGUGAAUUUCGGCCAUGGUGUGAAUAGAAUUGUUGGCAUCCAGCACUUGAAGAACCUCAAAGAGGUGAAGCUCAUUUCAUACAUGGGAUCCGACCAAUCAUCACUGAACGAUGCACUUUGUCAGCUAAAGGAGGAGAACGAAAGACGCCAGAUUCAGUUCACGGUCGGGGUGCAAUACAAGUGAAUAAUCACUCUCCUCUUGUUGUUGCGAGUUCGUCUUGGUGUGUUUCUAUUUUUCUUUUGAACACGUUCUAGCAUCCUCCAAGUUGUAAUAAUAAAGCUGGAGUACCGCAUAACAGGUUUUUUGUCCCAUAGUUUACAUCAUCAGUGUGUAAACAGUGGGUUUUCCUGGUAUGUGCAUCAAACCAGCGUAGUACCAUUAGUAUUUCCCCUUGUUUGCUGAACACGUUGUUUCCCUUAUGAUGUUGAUGCAAAAUGCUUUUCGUUUUCAA